AUGCCUCAAUGGUUCAUUGAUCCCAACAAAAUCGAUUGUGAAUUAGUGAUAAAGAACAAAAAGGAAGGAUUCGGCGGUUUUUAUAAAAAAUGCACUGAUAAACAGGGAUACAUGCGAGUGGUGUUUGUUCAUCAUGCGACCGGCGCAGAGAACGCCGUCAAAUUUUUAAAGUGUGAAUCUUGCUCGAGCAUUAUAGGAGAUAACGGUGGCCAUUUGCAGCGCCACCAGAAAAAACACAGUACAUCUGGAAAUUCUACGUCCCGUAACGUUUUGAAUGCUUCAAAACUGGAUGUAUCGAGAUUGCUGUCACGAUUUUUUGCCACCACUGGAAGGCCAUUGCACGAAAUGGAAAAUUCUUCGUUUAGAACGUUGGUCGGCGAUUUAUUGAAUCUCGGCAAGCGAAUGGAUCCAACAUCAGUACCAAUGUCGCUUAUUCCCAGCAGAAGUUCUACGCGACGGUAUACCUUGGAAAAACUGGACAAUGAAAUUGCAAAGUUGCGAACUCUGGUGUUGCCUAUUGCGAAAUCGGGAUACCUAUCGUUCAUGGCUGAUUUUGGAAGAGUUCACGAAGAUUUUUUGUGCCUGAAGGCUUCUUAUUUGGAAGAAAGGAUUGACGAAGAUGGUAGUCUGAAAUGGGUGACACUCGUCGUUCCAAUCGCCUAUAUGUCAGUGUCCGGAGAUUUGAAAGAUGCGAAUAAUAUUUUCAUUAUGAUCAAACAAGCCGUUUUGAAUUUUUUUGGCGAAGAUUUGGAUUUGAAGACUGCAUUUUUAACAGCGGACGGAGCUCAUAAUAUUCGUCGCUGUGCAACAGAUCAUUUUAACCAAUAUGUCCGCUGCUUCGCUCAUGCGACUGAUAUCAUUGGAAAACGAACACUGCUUCCUUAUAAAUCAACAAUAGUUUCUCCUCUUGAACGAUCGAUUUUGAAAAACUAUUCCGAUCUCCUGGAAUUGUGUCGACUGUUCACAAUGAGUCUCAAAAAGGACCGAGCGUUGUACAAGGAAAUUGGCGUGUCUCUUUUGGAUGUAGUCCCAACACGAUGGUUCUCUGGAUUUAAGUGUCUUGUUGCGGUUUACAAAAACAUUGACAAAUUAGGAUCCUUUAUUGCCGAGAUGACCCCAACUUCUGCUUCGCACCUGGACGAACUGCUAAAAAUAGAAAAUAGAAUCAGAUACAAAGAACUAUCUGAUGUAAUGGAUCCAUUACUACAAUCGAAUACAUAUUUCCAGGAGAAUUCGGACAGUUUGAAAGAUGUGGCUGUGUUUGUCGUUAGCUUAAUGGAUGAAUUUGAUCGAUUUUCGGUAGCUGGAGAGAAAGAGGUUCUUGUCAAAUUCGCGAAACAAGCAACGAGAAAAAUGUGCACAGAUCUCGAUACCAUUCAUUUUGUAGCCACCUAUUUGAAUCCUCCGUCUAAAGAUUUACAUGAGUUACAAUUGAGAUACGAUCGGCAUCAGAUUCCGAUUGAUAUCGUGAACGAUGCUCAGAAGCUUCUGGACGAUUUGGGAAAAAGUUUUGAGGAAAUGAGAUAUCAGGCGCCACCACAAAGCCAACCACCUGCACGUCAUCUCACUUUCCUUCAACGUACUCUGGGCGGAUCAAGCGCCCCAAAAAGCAGUUCGCUUCAUCAAGAACAGCAGCAAUACGAGAGAGACAACAGAAGUAUGCCUGCAUCAAAAUUUUGGCCUCUGGCAAAAAGCUCCUAUCCAAUUUUGCACGAAAUCGCCCGAAAAGUUCAUGCGAUUCAAGCUUCGGAAGCAGAUGUAGAAAGAUCUUUUUCAAUCAUAAAAAACUUGUACACACCAAAUCGUCAGAGCCUGGACUUAAAAAUGCUGGAAAAGUUGAUGAUUUUCAAAGAAAAAGAUCGAUUCGACACAGGCGAGACUUGA